UCGUACCUUUGACUCAGGAGGACAGGAUGUGGGGACAGUGACAUCAUGUUGUGUUUCAGGACAUGAGCCCCCCUCAGACAUGUUCUGCACUCGCAGUCUUCAGAGUCAGAGGGUAUCUGUGCACAGCCACGGCUCUCUGUCGCCCCCUGCUGUCUGAAACCAGCCACACCACCGUCUGAUGGAUUCAUUCACCCCUCCCCUCCCUCUGCGCGGUGUGGCGUUCACGGGCUGCAGCCCAGCGUGGUUCAUUCGCAACAAAGCAGCUACUUCCUGAAUUACAGCAACAGAUGAGACGGGCUUGUUGGGCAGCAGCAGAAUCCCUCUGAGCUGGAUCUUUGUCCCUAUACGCGGCGGCUCUGACCCCCCUCCCAGCACCGCUGUCCUGCGUCCAGGAGUGUCGCCGCUCCGCCGCGAUGGUGGAGACUCCAGCGGGCUGUGUCUUCGAGGACAUCCAGUAUGAAGACAUCGAAGUUGAAGCGGCCGUUGGCAGAGGGACGUUUGGAGUUGUCUUCAAGGCCAUAUGGAAAGGAAAGGAUGUAGCAAUCAAGACCAUCGAGAGUGAGAAUGAGAGGAACGCUUUCCUUGUCGAGCUCCGCCAGCUCUCCAGAGUGAAUCACCCCAACAUCGUUAAACUGUACGGCUCCUGUGAUAAUCCAGUCUGUCUGGUCAUGGAGUACGCAGAAUGUGGAUCUUUAUAUAACUUGUUGCACAGUGCAGACCCACAGCCCCACUACACAGCAGCCCAUGCCAUGAGCUGGUGUCUGCAGUGUGCCCAGGGAGUCGCCUACCUGCAUGCCAUGAAGCCAAAGGCCUUAAUUCACCGGGACCUCAAACCGCCAAAUCUGCUCCUUGUAGCUCGAGGCACUGUGCUGAAGAUAUGUGACUUUGGAACAGCCUGUGAUAUCCAGACCUACAUGACUAACAAUAAAGGCAGUGCAGCCUGGAUGGCACCAGAGGUGUUCGAAGGUAGUAACUACAGUGAAAAGUGCGACGUGUUCAGCUGGGGCAUCAUCCUGUGGGAGGUCAUCACGCGCAAGAAACCCUUCGAUGAGAUCGGCGGCUCAGCUUUUUGUAUAAUGUGGGCGGUCCACAGAGGUACACGGCCUCCUCUGAUCAAAGACCUGCCAGAGCCCAUAGAGACUCUGAUGACCCGCUGCUGGGACAAAGAACCCAGCCAGAGACCGUCCAUGAAAGAGGUCAAGAACACCAUGAGCAAUCUUAUGAAGUACUUCCCAGGCUCUGAUGAACCGCUCAAGCUCCCUCACCAGUCUUCAGCCACCGGCACAGGCUCUUAUGCCGAAUAUACCAUCAACAGUAACAGGAGUGAUGACAACACAGAACACAGAAACUCUGUCGGCAGAGAGGAGACCCUGAAGAGCUUUGAGGCUAAAUUUCCACUUCAGUUUAAACCCUCGAAGACGGCCACAUUACGUACAGGUCUGUCCAGGGUGUCCAGUACAGACAGUCAACAAGGACGCUCACAAAGCCCCACCCCCUGCACCAGUCCUGUAACCACCACUGGCCAAUCAGAGCUGACGAUGACGUUCAGCCCCACAGCUACCAAUGGUUUAGACAGCUCCAUCCCCUUGGCCUGCCUGAAACUGGAUCACCAGUUACAGCCUCUGGCUCCGUGUCCAAACUCCAAAGAGUCCAUGGCUGUGUUUGAGCAGCACAUCAAGAUGGCCCAGGAGUACCUCAAGGUUCAGUCAGAGAUCGCUCAGCUGCUUCGGAGGAAACAGGAGCUGGUGUCGGAGCUGGAGCAGGACCAGAGGGAGCAGCAGACUUCAUCCAGACUCAUCCAGGAGCACAGCAAGCUGCUGGAGGACAACAGCAACCUGUCGACCCACUGCCAGGGUCUGAAGAGCAAACUGAGCCUGAUCAAGAGUCAGAACCAGCACCACAGCUAGAACAGGGCUGGAGGCGACACACAGCACACAGUCUGUCGUCUUCUGGACUUCUGACCAUAAAGAAGGGAAGGGAAGAGGGAAAAGAUAUAUUUAUCUCUCUACAAAACAACCUAUAGAGAUACCAUUCCAGUGAAACAGUGAGUUUGGGAUUUGUAGCUUUAAGGUCAAACUGAGACUUCAGUCAAAUGUAAACUGUAUUGAUAAGACAGCUGUCAAAACUGUUUAGGACACGUUUGUGGUAAAAGCAUGUUUGUGGGCGUCUCCCAUGACUUUGGUUGAGUGACAGGAGAAAGCUGGCAUUUAAUUCAUUUAAGGUGGUAUAUCUUGUAUUUUGGGAACCUCACUGUGUUUCAACUGUAGGCAACAAGGCUUGUGAGCCUCAUCAAGCUUUCAGCAGCAUUUCAAACUCUUAGCUUGUGUGAGUUUGACCUACCAGCCACAGAAGAUCUGAUCAGCCCUAGAUUAGCUGGUGCAGCUAACCACAUAGAGAGGUGAGAUGAGCAGGGCAACCCUUUUGUCGCAACACCGUCGGACCCUGUUUUCAGAUGAAAACAUCUGGUGGAGAGAGACAAUUCAUUUUGUGAUCGCAUUUUAUUAUGCCAUGAAGUACAAGUGUAAUGUAUGUGAAUUUAACUGUUCAACUUUAGAAAGUUGUCGUAAAACUGAUAAAGAUUGUGAAAAUAUUAAAAAGCAGACCCAUCCGACGGUCGAGCUGUGACGCCGCCUUGUCAAACGCUCAUUGAACCCAUCACGGAGACCUUGUAGAGCUGGUCCGGCACAUGAGCCGACUCACUACUGGAGACAUCAUGAAGUUCACUGAGCAGUGUCACACAAAACAAAAUCAUAUUUUAGUAUCUUCGCAACAAAUUACUUCUUGACAUGCAAAAUGAUCUUUUAAAUUGUCAGACGCCGCAUGUGUGAUUCAUAGCACAUCUCAGACAGGAUCAAAGAGGAUUUUCUCCAGCUUUGCCUCUCCAAGGGUUAGGGUUAGUAGCCUGCACAGCUAAUACAGAGUGUGUUCUGCAGCUGGAGUUUCAUUUACCAGAGAUACUGAAGACAGAGACAGUCAGGAAGGUGCUAAUGCUAAGAAAAGAUCCAGGAUGAGAAGUAAUGGAGUUCAGCAGGCUCCAGAUUUCCACUUCAGGCUGUUUGAAUUGAAGCAACAGAACAAACUGUUUAAAUCAAAACCAGAGACGUUACCACAGCUGAACAGCAACGUAGAAAGUGGUGUUACUACAGGAAAAUAAUGAAUUACAAGUUUGAUCAACACAAAGGAAACAGGCUAAAUGAAGUUCAGUGUGACUUAUAAUAAACCUGAGCUCACGUUGUCAUCCAGCGGUGAAUCAGCUGAGAGAGAAAGUCAGUGUCAACACAGAGCAGCUCAGAUUUCCUCUUGGAGCCUCCAUACGUUUGGUGGUGGAGUCGAAGGUUGACUGUAUUUAUUAUGGUGGGACCAAAGAAAUCUGUCCUUCAGCUGCAGGUGUCGCCUCCUUGCUGGGUUCAAAUUUCACCUAUGUUUUAUAGCAAAUUGUGACUACAAAUUGUGAUCUGUAAAGUCCUACUUUUAUAUAUUCAGUUUAUCAUAUUCAUUUCAUGGUGUUUUAUGAAAAGAGUCGAGGCACUUACAGUGUGGGUGGUAUCCUUUUAAACCAGUUUUACUGUGAAUACAAGACUUCAGAGACAUGCUGCCUCGCAGCAAAGGGAACGCUUUGUUAAGAAGGCUGUUUGAAAUGGAAAUGACUGUAGAUUAAUGAUCUGUUUAAACUCUUUAGUUACUUUUUACACACAGUUAUAUUUCACACACUUUUAUUAACUUUAAUUCUGCACUGCACUUAUUUGGGUCAGAGGAGUCUGCAUGUGUUUCAGUCUCUCUUCGGUUUCUGUGACGUUGGAUUAUUUUGGGAUGAACUGUUUAUUGGAUGCAUUUGUUCAGACGUUGCCUUAAGAUUGUUUCUGUACAGGUCACUUUAUCAUCUCAGUGUAUUUUGUCCACAUGUUUAAUGGAAUUCCUGAAACUUUUCUCAUGUGAUUUUAAAAAUGUACAGACUGCAAUUAUAUGCUUUUACGACAUUAAAAAAAACAUUUAUAGUA